AUGUUCAACUCGAACGUUGUUGGUGGUGAUAUCGAUGCCUUUCUUCUCAGUGUUGGAGGUGGUGGUGUCAAUUCCACUUCACAACUCUCCAAAUCAAAUUCACAAUUAAAAGCGCGAGAUGUGUGGCUUUACAAUCAACUCAAAAAAUCUCGUUCCUCUUUUUUCGAUUCUUUUAAAUUCAAAGUUGUGAUUGGAACAUGGAAUGUGAAUAGUAAAGUACCGAAUUAUAAUGUAACAGGAUCAUCACUAUCAACACAAGAAGGUACUCUUGAAUCGACAACCAUGAUGACGGGUGACAUGUCUUCGAAUGUUUCAUUAUUCUCUUCUUCAUCAUCAUUGAAUCUAAUGGAUAUGAAUAAUAAUAUGAUCAAUAAUAACAACAAUAACAACCUCUCAUCAUCAUCGGUACCACUAUCCUCUCAAAAUAAUUCCACCACAACUUGCUUUUCAUCCUCGUCAUCCUCAUCAUCAUCACUCGUCUCGACAGGAAUUACCAACAAACAUCCACUCGAUGAAUGGCUUCAUCUCUCCGAACAACCCGAUAUCAUUGCCAUUGGAUUACAAGAAAUUGACAUGACUGCAGAGGCCAUGCUCAAAAAAGAAACACAAUCAAAAUUGGAAUGGAUUCAUGUGUUGGAAUCGGAACUCUCUUGUUCUUCACAUACUAAAACAAAAUAUGUGAGAUUGAGUGAUAAACAAUUAGUGGGAAUGUUUUGUUGUGUGUUUAUUGCAGAGAAAUAUUUAUCACAAGUGAAAGAUGUUCAAGCAGUGUCAUUGGCAUUGGGAGCGAUGGGUGUGAUGGGUAAUAAGGGUGCUGUUGGAAUUCGAUUGAAAAUUGCUGACACAAGCAUGUGUUUUGUCACCACUCAUUUGGCACCUCACAUGAAUGGCGUUCAAAAAAGAAAUCAAAAUUUUAUGGACAUUUUUACUCAAUUAGGUUUUGCCAAAUUGGAUAAUUCAUUACUGGAAUCGACUUCUGUCGAGUAUGGAAGCUCCUCUGCAUUGACAAGUGUUACAACAUCGAGUAGUGGUAAUUUAACACUCAUGACAGGCGUUUCAAGUGGAUCAAGUCAUUCAAAUUUGACAUCACAAAGUCUUCUCAGUUCUUUGACCAAUUCGAUUGCGAGUGGAAAUAGUGCAAGUUCUUUGGCUGGUGGAAGUGGUAGUGCAGAUGAUUUUCAUGUCAUUUCUUCACCUUCAGAGAGUUCAGCAAGUAGUUUAGGUCUCACCACUUCUGGAAGCCAAGUCAUGCUUCCCGAUCAACAUGAUUACUUUUUUUGGUUUGGAGAUUUGAAUUACAGAAUUGACAAUUUGGAUCGUUCUCAAGUCGAAGAAUAUGUUCGAGACAAACAAUACAAAUCUCUUCUCGAUUACGAUCAAUUGACUGUUGAGAAAAUGAGUGGAAGAGUUUUCAUGGGAUUCAAAGAAGGUCGAAUUAAUUUUCCACCCACUUACAAGUACGAUCCUGGUACCUUAAUUUUUGACACGAGUGAAAAGAGACGUGUCCCUUCGUAUACGGAUCGAAUUUUAUGGAAGGGUGUGAAACGUGAUCAAGUCAAACAAUUGUGUUACAUGACUCAUUUGAAUUGUUUGAUUAGUGAUCACUUACCUGUGAGUAGUGUCUUUGAAACGGAGAUUCAAAUGGAAGUCGAUUACAAAUUCCGACAAUGCAUGGAAGAACGAUAUUGUGAAGAUUGGCUCACAGUUUCCAAUACACACCGAUUGCUUAUUCCAGGAGAAUCUAUUGAAAUUGAGUUAACAUGUUGUUUCAAUGCUCAAUCAGCUCCUCCUUUUAAUUUAGAUGAAACAUCGAAUUCAACAGUUCCAUUCGAAGAUAAUCUCAUUAUUCAUGUUGACAAUGGAAACGAUUAUCCUCUCAAAGUUUAUGGAAAUUAUUUGAAAUCCUGUUUUGGAAAUUCUUUGAGUAAUUUAGUUCAAUGUUUUACAAGUGUGAGAGAUCCACAUUGUAAAGAUCAAAUUCAACUCGAAUAUGAAGAUGGAACUGUAUCAACAUUGAAAUCCUUAUAUAUCCCUAAAGAACUCUUUUUCAUGUGUGACCAUAUUGUGAAAUAUGGAUUGAGAGAAGAAGGAUUGUUCCAAGUUCAAGGAACUACAGAUCAAGUGAGAGCAUGCCGUGAAUUGUUGGAUAAUGGAAUGUCUCUCUCCAAACAUUUUAAUGGAAAUAUUCAUUCUGUGUGUACAUGUUUGAUUCAAUUUUUUGAAAGUUUGAUUGAACCUAUUAUUCCUGGAAAGUUAUAUAGACUUUUAAUGGAGAAUUAUCCCAAUGGAGAUUUGUGCCGAUAUUUAAUUGAUUCCAAUUUAUCAAGCUCUCAUUACAAUGUAUGGCAUUAUGUCAUGAAUUUCUUGAGAGAAGUCUUAAUGAACAGUGAUGCCAAUGGAUUAACUACAGAUUCAUUGGCACAAGGAUUUGCUGACGUGUUAGUUCGAUCUCCAAAAUAUUUGCCACCUGAAGUCAAAAAGAAACAUUUGAAAGGAAAGAUUGUCAUUAUUAAGCACUUUUUCACAAAGGAAUAUAAUCAGAGAAUGGUUGCAGUUGAAGAAGAUUGUAAUUUAUUUAAAGUGUAG